AACCCCAAGCUAGCUUGGCAGGCACUUUACAAAGAAGAAGAUGAGAGUUAUAAUAUAGAUCUUGAGAAAGUUUUGCCUCAAAGUGUCCCUUCCUCUAAAGAAACCUCCUAUUGGUCCACGCCACAUGGCAUCCAUAUAAGUAGAGCCCUCGGUUUUACUAUGGUUGUCCGGUCCAUAUAUAUUUGGUUUUUGAAAUGAUAACACUAUAUAUUUUCAUUCAAAUCUAUCCCUGCAGUAGUACUACUUCACAGCCUUGUCUAUAUAUCUAUCAUUCACAACUCCACAUGUACAGAUCAUGAUGGAGUUCCCACCACCACCACCACCACCAAUAACACUACCCACAAGCACCAUUUCCAUUUUCUUUUGCUCUCUCUCUCUUCGGGAACGAUCCUCUGCAACUGCAUUACAGAAAGUCUCUCAUAUAUGCCACUGGGACAGCUUGUGUUCUUAUAUCAUCUGCUUCUUGUUCAAACCCAAUGGAAAGUUCCAGUUUCACCUUUUGACUACUUUUCUAACCAAUCCUUAAUUUCGCACUAACUGCAUAUAUAUAUAUACAUAUAUAUAAAUAUAUGCAUACGUUUCCUUCAUUUAUAGUCCUUCCAAAUAUGUCACGAGCAUAGGAAGAAAAAGAAGAAAGAAAAGGCGAAAAGAAGUCUUUAACCCGUGUCACCAACUUCACUAUUUAUAACCGUUCCCGGCGGAUCACUUACCUCUGCCGAUUUUUUUAACACUGUACUGUAUUGUGGCCUUAGAGGAAUUUCAAAAACACAUGUCGCUUUCCUGCUCAAAAAACUUCUUCAACAGGUUCUGUUUCGAGGAGUUUCAUAUGGAGAGUGCUGUUAGUAGCAGCUUCUUCUCCAGUGAUCUCUUGCCAUCCCUUGGAGCUAGAAUCAACCAGGCAACUACACUUCGAAAAUGCAUAGUUUCGCCUUUCAGUCCCCGUUAUAGGGCUUGGGAGAUGUUACUUGUUGUUUUAGUCAUUUACUCGGCCUGGAUUUGCCCAUUCGAGUUUGCAUUUCUGCCUUACAAGCAAGACGCACUCUUCAUCUUUGACAACAUUGUCAAUGGCUUCUUUGCCAUUGACAUCAUUCUCACCUUCUUUGUUGCAUAUCUCGACAACCAAUCUUAUCUUCUUGUCGAUGACCCGAAGAAAAUUGCAGUCAGGUACAUAUCUACCUGGUUUGUCUUCGAUGUCUGUUCCACGGCACCAUUUCAGUCUAUCAGCCUCCUGUUUACAAAUAAAAGCGGCGAACUUGGGUUUACACUACUCAACAUGCUCAGACUCUGGCGUCUAAGACGAGUCAGCUCCCUGUUUGCAAGACUUGAGAAGGACAUCCGCUUCAAUUAUUUCUGGACUCGGUGCAUAAAGCUCAUUUCUGUGACCCUGUUCGCUGUACACUUUGCUGGAUGCGUAAAUUAUCUGAUUGCAGACAGAUACCCUGAUCCAAAAAGAACCUGGAUUGGUGCAGUAAACCCAAAUUUCAAAGAAGUUGGUCUUUGGGACCGAUACGUAACUGCUAUUUACUGGUCUAUCACGACAUUGACAACUACGGGAUACGGGGAUUUGCAUGCUGAAAACACCAGAGAGAUGAUGUUCGAUAUCUUUUACAUGCUGUUCAACUUGGGAUUGACAUCUUACCUCAUUGGCAACAUGACAAACCUUGUCGUUCACUGGACAAGCCGCACUAGAAACUUCAGAGAUUCAGUCAGAGCUGCCUCAGAAUUUGCAGCACGAAAUCACUUGCCUCCAAGCAUACAGGAUCAGAUGCUUUCCCACAUAUGUCUGAAGUUCAAAACAGAAGGAAUGAAUCAACAAGAUACCUUAAAUGGUCUACCAAAGGCUAUUCGUUCAAGCAUCGCACACUAUCUUUUCUUCCCCAUCGUUGAAAAAGUGUCUCUCUUUCAAGGGGUUUCUCAUGACUUUCUUUUCCAACUGGUUUCAGAAAUGGAGGCGGAGUAUUUUCCACCCAAGGAAGAUGUAAUUCUGCAGAAUGAGGCACCAACAGAUCUUUAUAUACUUGUCUCAGGCGUGGUGAAAUUCCUUUGCCAUACUGAUGGGCGUGAUAAAGAUCUUGGAAAGGCAGUUGCAGGAGAUUCGUUUGGAGAGUUUGGAGUCCUAUGUUAUCGGCCGCAGCCUUUCUCAGUUCGGACGAUUGAGAUUUCUCAAAUCCUACGACUCAACAGAACUUCACUGAUGAAUGCGAUACAAGCAAAGGCAGAGGAUGGACGCAUUAUUAUGAACAACCUUUUCCAGAAACUGAAGGGGCAGGAAAGCUUAGGCUUUGAAUACGCACACAAGUACCCGGGACUUUUCCUCAGAGAAUGGUUUAAUGGGGAACCAAUUGAAGAAAGCUUGUCACCUUCAGGAUGUCAGGAUAAUUCAUACGAAGAUCUACCGAUGCAGGAAGCAAGGGACGUAUGUUUCUCAGGAUUGGAGACUGCAGAGCAGAGCGAAACAGGGAAAUGCCCAAUGGUUGCGAGAUAUGCAACAGACGUAAAUUUGAUGGCCGAGGAUGAUCAGACAGCUCUUCAUGCUGCGGUUCGCAGGGGGCAUCUUGAGAUGGUUAAGAUUCUAUUGGAAGGAGGUGCUAAUGUAAACAAACAAGAUGGCAGAGGAUGGACACCAAAAGCUCUAGCGGAACAGCAAGAAAACAAGAGCAUAUAUGAGCUUUUACUGAGUUAUGAACAUAGAAGGAAACCAGAUGAACACAGAAUAGAUUUAAUUGGGUUGGAAUCAGCUGACAAUGGCUUGUAUAGCCAAAACAAACACAGAAGACAAGGCCCUCAAUCUGUUAACAACAACUUGAAAAUUGACUCGGCUAGUUCCUGCUCAAGCGGAUUUAGUUGUCCCACUAACACAGAAGUGAUCAAAUUGAUGAAAAAGAGAGUCACCAUCCACAUGAAGCUUCAACCCGAUGGUACAUCUCAGAGGCAGCCUGGGAAGUUAAUAAUCUUACCCGAUUCGAUUGAGAAGCUGCUCAAAAUAGCCGGUGAGAAGUUUGGAGGCCCCCCACCAACAAAAGUCAUUAAUGCAGAGAAUGCAGAAAUAGAUGAUAUAAAUGUAAUUCGAGAUGGUGACCAUCUGUAUCUCCUUCAUAACGAGUGUGAAAAGAUGGACUGCGAAUUGACCUAAUGGUUACUUAAGGCAAUAAUGCAACAUUCAGAUAACUUGUAACUUUUAGACAAGGCAAUCUAUAAUGAUCUAGCAACAAGAAUUUGGCUA